CGGUGACGUAUUGUACGGAAGUAAACAUGAAGCAGGCAGAGAGGAUUUAAAGCUGCGUCACAAAGUUUCUCACUUUGUUUCAGAGUCUCAAAGCCUCUCAAAGUGUGUGUUUUCUGCCCGGAAUCUGGUUCACUUUGUCCCGGUUCAGGGUCUGCAGUGUGCCCGCUGUCUGGAGCGAAAUGUCGGUGACGGUUAAAGCUUACCUGCUGGGGAAGGACGAGGCUGUGAAAGAGGUCCGAAGGUUCGCGGUGGAUCAAGAUGUUUCAAGCAACUUCGAAUACCUGAGUAGGAAAACAGCAGGAGUGUUUAGUAACCUGAAGAACAACGGCUUCAACAUGUAUUACAGAGAUGAAGAUGGCGACCUGGUGGCGUUUUCCUCUGACGAUGAACUGAUGAUGGGUCUGGGCUGCACAAAGGACGACACCUUCCGCAUCUUCAUCAAAGAAAAGAAGGAGCACCGUCGGGACUUUCCUCUUCAUGCCUUCCCUCCGUUCACCUUUGGUCAUCCUCCUCCUCCUCCACCACCCGGAGCUCCUCAGGUCCCGCCCCCUCAUAUGGCCCCGCCUCCAGCCCUGCACCCCAACGUCACCUGCGAUGGCUGUGAUGGCGCCGUAGUGGGAACUCGCUUCAAGUGUUCUGUUUGUCCCAACUAUGAUCUGUGCUCUGCCUGCCAGGCUCGAGGGACGCACACUGAGCACGCUCUGCUGCCCAUCUGGCACCCACUACAGUGGUUUCCUCGCGGGAAGUGGAUGAAGAGGAUGAGACACUGCAUGUGGAACCAGAACCUGAACCCUUCUCAGAACCAGGACCAGGACCAGACUGGACCAUCCAGACCCGUUGCUGAUGGCACCCACCCCUCUGCCUCUCAGGCCAAUGUGGACUUCCUGAAGAACAUCGGUGAGGGUGUAGCGGCCAUGUUGAGCCCGCUGGGUAUCGACGUGGACAUCGAUGUGGAGCAUGAGGGCAACAGGACUAAGGUGACACCUCCCCCUCAGACAGGGGGGGUGAAGGAGGACAUGGAGACAGGUGGAGCUAGCAGUGAGGGUGGAGGAAGCAGUGAGGGCAGAGACAGCAAGGGGUCAAAGGUGUGCAAAGACUCCGAUGAAGAGUGGACUCACCUGAGCCCACGAGAGGUCGACCCAUCCACUGGGGAGCUGCAGUCCCUCCAGCCAGGGGACGAGAACCAGGACCAGGGUCCUCCUUCUGGACAGCAGGGUCCUCCUUCUGGACAGCAGGGUCCUCCCUCAGGUCCAACAGGUCUGAGGGAGGCAGCUCUGUACCCUCACCUGCCUCAAGAGGCAGACCCUCGCCUGGUGGAGUCCUUGUCUCUCAUGCUGUCAAUGGGUUUUACUGAUGAAGGUGGCUGGUUGACUCAUCUCCUUCAGGCCAAAGACUUCGACAUUGGUGCUGCACUGGACGCUAUCCAGUACGCCAAACAGCCCCGCCCACACCAGCCCUGAUGUCAUUGCGAUGUCACUGCUGAUGUCACCAUAUCUACGAAACCUUGAAAACUUACCUUCAUUUAUCCUGCAGUCACGUCCCUGUUGUUUACUCUAAUCUAACUUUAUAAUCUGAUCACUGUUAUAAUCAAUAUUUUGUCUGAAUCAAUACCUAACUUGUUGAUUACUGUCUUUAUUAUUGAUUGUUUCUGCUACUCAGAACAAUAAAAACAUGAAGAAAUGAA